AAAAAAAAAAAAUCUUCAAAACAUGCUUUUUUUAUGUUCCAUGAAAUCAUACAGGAUUGGAACUUCACAAAAGCAAGUAUAUGAGAACAGAAUUCUAUAUUUUUUUGUGAACUGUUCCUUUAAAUGAAUGGGAAAGGAAAACCUUCAGUGUUUUUCAUAACCAAACAACACUUUCAUUAAAAGUUUUCAGGCUCUCCAAAAAUUAAAACCAAACUAAAUAGUAAAAUAAAAAAUAAUUGUCACAGUUGAGGUGUGCACUUCAAUGUUAUCAUAGAAGUCCUCCUUCAUGUAAACAGGCCUUCAAAAAGUUGAAGCUGACUUUAAGAGUCUGCUUAAUGUACUUAAGCCAGGUCAGCAGUUGGACGCGUUUGAUAAAUGAGGCUGUUUACUCUCCUCUGGUCAUGCUUUGAGAUGCUGCAGCCUUAAUUGCAUUACCUAACUGGCCUGAGUACUUGCUCAUGUCUGUUAUUAGAAGUUCACCAGUCAACCAUCAAACCGGACAAUCCAAGCCUUAAUUCGCCAAAGCACUUGGUGAAUAAAUUAAUAUGCCAGAGCUGAAAGAAAUGAGAUUGUUCUUAAGGAGCCGGGCAGAAGCGUGAUGUCUUGGUUAGUGUGAUUUAUGACCAGAGGCGCCCCAUAAGCUCAAUUCAUGCGAAUUAUGUAUGCGAGUGCAGAGAAUGAAUCAACAGCAGUGGGAGUGUGCAGCAUGGCUUGCUUUUGGCCUCGUAAUUAGCAGAUGCACGUGCCUGUCCUCGUCUCAACUAAACCAUGGGGUCAUACCGAAAGCCCAGGCCCCGUUUCAUGAGCUCGCCUGUGCUGUCAGACCUCGCCCGCUUUCAUGCCAGCUCGCCAACAUUGCAGCUGUCCAACGCUAGUGUUUGGAACAGUGUUCAAUCGGCUGUAAUUAAAGUCUUCCAAGGUGGGGGGCUACAGUCCAAUGAGCUCUACACCCUGAAUGAAAGCAUACGGUGGCUUUUGAGGACCGAGUUGGGAUCAUUUAUCACAGAGUACUUUCAGGAUCAGCUCUUGAAUAAGGGUCUGACGUAUAUUUUGGAGAAGAUUCAGCUUCAUAAUGAUGAAAAUCGGCUCCAAGCGCUGUCUGAGAUGUGGGUGAGGUUUUUCACAGAGAUCCUGCCAACUCUUCAAGCUAUUUUCUACCCUGUGCAGGGUCAGGAGUUGACUGUGAGGCAAAUGUCUCUGCUAGGCUUCAGGAACAUAGUUCUGUUGAAGCUUCCUCUGGAGAACAUGUUUCAGGGCUCCUCAUACCCUCCUCCAAUCACACAGAUGCUGCUGAUCCUGCAGGGCAUUCAUGAGCCUAAUGGACCUACGCAAGAGUAUUUCCGACUGGAGAGACUGGUGGACAUGGUUGUAUCUCCCUACCUGAGUAACUACCUCUACAUGAGCCCUAGCGAUUCCUCUUCAGAGGAUCGUCUGGAAGGCAUGAGACUGGUUAACACUCCACACCUCAAUCAACCUGAGAUUAUGGUGACACACUUUGCCCACGAGUCCUUCCUGGCACCUCUAAUCGAACACGAAGGUGAAGCCUAUUUGGAAAGGACCGGCGGCGUACGACGCCACACUGUCGCCAAUGUGCAAUCGGACAUCCAGCUCCUGGCCAUGAAAAACAGGAUGUGUUCAGAAAAAGUGGAGGUCAGUGGGGCAGCCAGGACGACCAAAAGCAAAAAGACACCUAAGAGUUUCUGCAGCGAACCGGCCUUUUUUGACUCCCGGCCAGGUGGCGUGGAAAUCCUUCGAGGGCAAAGCACUGCAGAGAUAAAGUGUGGCUUAACUAGUUAGAAAUCUCUUUCUCUCAAAACGCCCACUGCGAUCUUCUAAAGUUAUGAUAACUGAGACAAGCUAGAACCUGUUCAUUUAAUACAAUAUAAAGUCUACUGUUUUGGAAAUAGGCAGUGGUUUGUGUGCUAAAUACUGUUUGGCCUGUCAGUUUAGCCUUUUUUUAUAAGGUUAGAGGGUGGAGGGUUGUUAAAGAAGCCUUCGGUUUAGCCAUUUCUUGUAAAGCACACCGAGAGUCACACUUUUUUUCUGUCGUGGAGGUGGUAAAGCUGUGUGAAAAUAUGCUCACGGUUUACAGAGGUACAGCAAAAACCAUACUGAGACGCAUGAGAUCACAAACUUAUCUGCACUUACUUGCAGUUCCUGUCUUUUGCCUACUCUUUCUUAAGCGUUCUUGCGGUUUUGUUUUUUUUGUAGUGGAAACUAAAGAGGCUGACAGAAAAAGUGGCAUUUUAGUCUUUUUAUGAAUAUUUUGUUUUAUUUUAUGGAAUUUUAAUAUUAUUGUAAUUAAAAAAAUGCAUUCAAGUGUGUAUGUAAAUUAAUGUAUAUUUUUUGUAGUAAUAAAUUUAA